AUGAACAUGUGUUUCACUGUGCCUAGACGUUUGUAAACGUUUUCGUAUUGUUUGCCACUGGCUGAUGACACAAAAAUGGCUGUUUUGAUUGAGACAUCCCUAGGAGAUAUCACAGUGGACUUGUUUACAGAAGAAAGACCACGAUCUACAUUAAAUUUCCUGAAACUAUGCAAGAUCAAAUACUACAACUUUUGUCUGUUCCACUCGGUUCAGCGGAACCUUGUGGCACAGACAGGAGAUCCUACAGGCACAGGGAGAGGUGGACAGUCCAUAUUUGCGCACCUGUAUGGCGAUCAAGCGGUGUAUUUUGAUAUGGAGACAGUACCACGGAUCAAACACAGGAGGAGGGGUCUCGUUUCCAUGGUGAAUAAUGGCAACAAUGGACAUGGUUCUCAGUUUUUCAUCACCUUGGGUGAGGAGCUGGAUUACCUGGAUGGAGUUCACACUGUGAUCGGUGAAGUUGGGGAGGGGUUAGAUGUACUGGACAAGAUUAACGAGGCUUACUGUGAUGAAAAACAUAGGCCAUAUAAAGAUAUCAGGAUUUACCACACGAUUGUCCUAGAUGACCCUUACACAGAUCCUGAUGGACUGGUCAUCCCAGACAGGUCACCAGAGCCCACCAAAGAACAACUCGAUAGUGGACGUAUUGGAGCAGAGGAAGACAUAGAUGACACUAAAGGGAUGACAGAGGCUGAAAUUCAAGAGUCCCUGGAGAAGAAAGAAGCUCAAGCUAAUGCUCAGAUCCUGGAAAUGGUAGGAGAUCUUCCCGAUGCAGAUGUUAGACCGCCAGACACAGUGUUGUUUGUCUGUAAGCUCAACCCAGUAACUACCUCAGAGGACCUGGAGAUUAUCUUCUCACGAUUUGGCAAAAUUUUAAGUUGUGAGGUGAUAAAGGACCAGACAUCUGGAGAAUCACUUCAAUAUGCCUUUGUGGAAUUUGAAAAGCCAGAAGAUUGCGAGUCUGCAUAUUUCAAAAUGGACAACGUUCUGAUUGAUGACAGAAGGAUUCAUGUGGAUUUCAGCCAAUCUGUCUCCAAACUAAAGUUUGAUGGUGGCAAGGGAAAGCCAGGGGCCAGCAUCUUUGGCUCUAACUAUGCCAUCAAAGAUAAUACAAGAAAAGACAGUAAAUAUGACCUGGUGUUUGAGGAGAAAGCGGAGUCUGGGUACAGAAAAAAAAGUAACAGUAACAGGAAAGAUUCCAAGAGGAGCAAACAGAGAUCAACAAGCAGAAGUCGAGACAGAUCGCCGGUGGCUCAAAGGCAGAGAAGAGAAUCCAGAAGCCCAGUUAAUCAGAGAAAAAAGAAGGAAAACGACAGUUCAGAUGAAGAUCAUUACACGAGAUUGGGCCGUAAUGAAGGGAAGAAAGUCACAAAAGAUAAUGACCAUGUUCGACAGAGGUACAAGGGAGAUAAAUCAGGCAGUGAUUCUGAUGAUGGGAAGAGAAGUAACCAGUCAAGAGACAGAUACAGACAAGAAACGACUGGCAAGAAAGUGAGCAGAAGACACUACAGUUCUGAAAGUGACUCUGAGGUCGAUAUUAGAAGAAAGAAAAUGACUGAUGCUGAGAAUAGAUACCCCGGUAAGGACACCUCCAGGAAAGAUGAUAAAAAUAGGAGUGAAGGUAAAGAUAAAUCCUCCAGUCAUAGAAAAAAAUCAGAUAGUGGCACAAGUGAUGAUGGCUCUCCAGAGAGAAAAAGGAGGAAGAAAAAGACUAGAAAACCAGACAACCAAUCAGAUGACAACUCAGAUGAUGGGUCAAAGGUCAGGAGAAAAAAAGUGAAAUCCAAACAUGGGAAAGACAGGGAUUCUGAUAAUGACAGUGACUAUGAUAAAUCAAGAAAGAAGAAGAGUACAAAAGAGUACUCAAGGGAGAGAAUCAGGGAGGACAAAAGUAAUCGGGACAGCUUUCACGAAAACAGAAAUGAUAGAAAAGACAAAAGUAAACAUUCUAAUGAUAGAAGGGAAAGAAGUAGAGAUGAGCAUCAUUCUGGAAAAGAUAGGAAUGAAAAGAGACAUAGGGAUAGAAGAUAAAAGCAUUGAGUAGUUAUAAUCGUGUAUGUGUGUAGAAUGUUUCUAUUUUUAUUGCCAGCGUAUUAUUAUGUAAAUUACUCAAUUUUAUUUUCAUUUACCAUUGAUGCGGAACUGGUAACUUGUAAUACAAUUUUCAGAACAUGGGGUUGGUAUGGCUAUUUUCACAUCAUAAUGAAACAACAAUAGUCACAACUACGCAUUUUACAGUUGGAGAAAAUUAAACAUUUUUCAUCAUUUAAUUUUUGAUUUGUCCCUUGUAUUUUCAUAAAGAGGGUGUUGGCUUCGAUAUUAGUGUUCAGGGAGAGCUAAACAAUGUUAGACAUUGAUAGAAACUUUUUAGCUUAGUAGUGGUUAGAUCACUUCUGUGAUGUUGUAGGAUUAGCUAGACAUGUCUCACAUAUUGAUUCCAGCUCUCACUAGCCCAGCUGUGGUUGUAUUUAUUUAAUUGGUGUUUUAUGCCGUACUCAAUAAUAUUUGACUUAUUUGACGGCGACCAGCAUUAUGGUGAGAGGAAACCGUGCAGAGCCCGGUGAAAACCGCAGGUUACUGGCAGACCUUCCCACGUACGGCAGGAGAGGAAGUCAGCCUGAGCUGGACUUGAACUCACAGCGACCGCAUUGGUGAGAGGCUCUUGGGUCAUUACGCUGCGCUAGCACGGAAGCCUUCGCUUUGGUUGUAUGUCGUAAGGUUGUGAGGUACUCUUGUGAGAUGUACUGGUUUCCCCCAUGCUGUGUGAGGUUUCCUCAGAUAAUAAACUUUGGAAUAAGUAAAAUAUUCUCAAAUAAGAUGUAUAUUAUCAGUGAAAUCAAUCAAUACCAAAGAUAUUUGUGAUAUUUUUCCGAAUCCUUGUUCCCCCCAACCCUAAUGCUGGCCCCCAUAGUAGAAGUAAAAUAUUCUUAAGUGUAUAAAAGCUGUCAAAUAAAUAAAUAAAUCAAAGCAGUAGCA